GAUUACAGCACGAGGUCUACAUAGCACAGCAGCGCCAGCUUCCCUCUCAUCAACCAUCGUUCACGCUCUUCAGAACUUCAUGCCGAGCCCAGCAGCCAACCUCAUCCUUCUUGGAGGCAGUGGCGCUGGAGGUGCCAAGCUGACUGACCUCGCUCGCGCAGUCGUGUCCGCCGAGAAUCAUGGCCUCCUCACUGCACAAUUCACCUAUGGCAUGAUUCGCAGCAUCUCGCUUUGGCUUUUCCAAGCAGCGCCUGUUGGUUGCUUGACGACGCUGCACCCUAUCUUCAUCCAGUCCAUUCGCCGAGGUGCCGACUCGCCCUCUGCAUACGAAGAAGUCCUCAAUUUCAAUCUCACCAAAGUCGACCGCAGCAUCACCCCUCUUCGCCCCUUAGACGUCAUCGAGUACUUCUUUGCAGCUGGAGACGCCUGCCAUCAACUCGCCAGCGGCUCCCCUGCGCGCAUCUCUGCCUUGCUGGAAAGGUCCAAGCAAAUGUUCGAACAAUGCCUCACGGCCCCCGUCCACCGAGUACCUCACGACCUGCAGAUUCGAGCAGCCGCUCGCUGGACGUUACUCGUGCUGGGAACCACUGACGAGCCCAGAGUGGGCGGUAAUAUUUCCCUCCCAGCGCACACGAGUAUCGCCGUUCAGCGCGCCUGGAAACGUCACAGUGGGCCCUACGCCGGUCUCGAGGACCUCUUCACCUCACGCAGGCGAAGCGCCGCUGCCGUCAACGAGCUGCGCACCUACGUGGUUAACAAUGCGCAGGUUUGGGAGAGGGAUGGAACCCAGGGUCUGGUGCGAUGGCUGGUCGAGGCUAGGCACCCUAUCGUGAGGGUGAGCAGGUUGGGCGAGACUUUCACUAGGCUGAAGGUCAAGGAUGUGGUGCAAAUGCUGGAAAUUGGGGCACGGGAGAGCGAGACGCAGGAGGCGCUGGCAAAGAGGGUCAGGGAGAUGAUCGAGCAUUGGAUUGGAGAAUUCCAGCUCAAGGGCGCCAAGCUGGACCCGCCUUCCGUGGCUGGCAAUGGAGAAGCUGCCAUGGACGGCCAAGCUAUUCUCUCCUUCAACGUCGCGCCUGUAGGUGAGAGCGACUACUACUCCUCGCUCUCCUUUCUCGAUAAUCUGCAGCGCCAGAUGGAAGAUCUACAGCGCUGCAAUGCCCACAUCGAGUACAAGGAGCGCAAUUUGGCGCGCAGCAAGGGCUUUGUGGCGAAGAUGCAAAGUGGGGCUGCUUUGGGAAGGGGAGGCAACGGGCCUGGUGGCGGGAUGAUGGGGAUGACGGGAAUGGGAAUGGGUGGCGGAAUGGGAAGGUUUGACGAUGAUGAGGGUGAAGGUGAGUACAGGAGCGGAGGGAUGGUAGGAAGGAAAGACGACGCUGACAUUCGAUCCUCGACUUGAUUUGCACAGAUGUCUUUGGCCCGUAGAGCAGCGCAUCGACUGGCGUAGGGGUCAACAUGACCGAUCCUGCAUAACAGCUUCUCUUUCUUUCGUCCACCUUGAGCGUCUGAGCAACACACAGUCUCAUCAUCCCAGCCAUCGAUGUCAAUCCAUAUCCUUCUCUCCGCGCGCAAACGACCGAACACCUCGCAU